AUGAAUAAUCAUCCGAACACUCAUGAACCGUUACGUCUUCGACCAGCACAUCAAGACUCGAAAAUGUUAACAAAAUCAGAAAACCAAGAUUUAUAUAAUAUACUUGGACAAAAUGGAGUAACAUUAGCAACAGCUGUAGUCCAAAUUCUGUUACCAGAACAACCUCAUCAAACCCGUUGGCUUAAAUAUGCCUGUGGCGUAUUUUGUUUUGUUAAAGAUUAUGAUCAACGAACGUAUUGUUUUCGUUUAUACGACUUAAAACAAAGGCGUCAUAUUUUUGAAGAAACUGUAGCUGCGUCACUUAAUUUACAAAAAAUAUUGCCACGUUUUUUUUGGUUUGAUGGAUCGAACUCAAAAGUCGGUAUUAAUUUUGCGAACGACAACGAAGCUAAUUUAUUUUUUGAACAAUUUCUAAUUAAACAACAAGAUCGACAGAGAAAAAAAAAAUCUCAAGCUUCUACCAAGUUGCAUCCUCCAACACCACAAAUUCCACAGCAACAAUCGCAGCUAUUAACACUUCCGCUGACAUCCACAAAUAUUGUAGAAUCCAAAACUUCUACAAACGCUACGUUAACUAAAAAGUCUAAAGCCAGCUUGUUUUUUGAUACAAUAACAAGAAGAAACAAAGUCGCCAAAUUAGAAAUAUCAGAACCAUCUUUUUUCGAACACCGUGGACAUGUUGAUGUGAUUGCAAAUCAAACGUUUUUUGCCAACGACGAACAAGCUCAACUAUUUGAUCAAUAUAUACAUGGUACAAUCGAAAAAUUAAUACCCGAUAUCACAGACGCAGAAAAAAAGGAAAUAAAAGAGUAUAUGGAUGCUACAGGAGGAACAGAACAGCUUACAACAUCACAUCAAUCCGAUGCUCCUGCUAUUCCACAAAGAAUGCAAAUUGUUCGUACUGAACCAUCUUCAUCGGUUGACGUAAGGCAAGCACGCACACCAUUAACCGAUUUAUUCAAUCAUCCACAGCAAGCAGCUCCCGACAUACCAUCCAGACCCGGACGCCCAUCAACAGUAACAAAUACAUCGCCAGAAAAACAAACUGUUGUACCAAACAUACCACUGCCUCCACCUCCACCAUCGUUUUUUUCUCAAACAAAUGAAAUGACAACUCAGUCGGAUCAUGUUUCACCAUCAGUGAUUAAUAACACAAGACUACCUUCAACAAUGAACCUGCACUCAUCUUCUUUCAAUAAUCAAUCCAACAGUGUAAUACCCGCUCCACCGCCACCAUCAUCAGAAAAGAUAUCGGCUUUAACCUCAACAACAAUAGAGGCGACAAAUACUCGAAAACCCGAGUCACUACUGUCUGCUAUCCAAACUUUUGACAAAAAACGAUUACAAAGAACAGAACAACAAUCGAAGCAAAGUGUAUCGAAUUUACAUACAACAUCGAUAGCUCCUUCCAGUGAUGCCCAUGGUAUGGAUGCUUUAACAAACAACAUUGUGGAGAUACUUAAAACUAGAAGAAAUCAAAUAAUGCCGCCUGAAGAAGACGUACGUCAAAGUGAUGAGGAAGAUUGGACAUAA